AUGAGCCGAGUUCGGGAUGCUGGCUGUGUAGCUGCUGGGAUAUUGAUUGGGGCAAGUGCCUGGUACUGUGUCUACAAAUACACCAGGAGAAGAAACCAGACAAAGAAAAGACUGGCUAAGCCUAAGACCAGGGCUCUGGCAGGGACUGGAGCCAGGGCUAGAUCCGGACUAAGAGCUGGAUUCACAAUUGACCUUGGGUCAGGAUUUCAUCCUCCAACUCCAGUAUGUACUGGGGCAGAGGACAAGGCCCAGAAUGAAGCCUCUACCCUGUACACAGAUGCAGCUGAGGUAGUUGCCCCAGCUGCAUUCAGUGCUGAGGCUCAGAGUGAGGCUGUAAGUCAGGCCCUGGAGACAGAAGGGGCCUGGGUUGGGCCUCAGUCCGAAUCAGUAGUUGGGGCGGGAGUGGCUUCUACAAUGGCACCACCUCAAGGGGAGGCAGAGGCCCUCAUAGCUGCAGAGGUCCCCUCAAUGGCCAGAGCUCCCAAAAUGACAGAUGCCCCUGGCACAACAGAAGUUCCUCGGAUGCCUGUGGUGCCUCUCGGGACUCCAGCACCUACUGAGGCAGCAGCACCUACAGAAGCAGCAGAGGCUCCUGCACUUUCUGAGGAUGUAGAGGCUCUGGGAACCUUGAGGUCCCCUAAAACAGCAGCAGCCACCAAGAAAGCAACUCCUGGGUCUCAUACUGGGGCUAUACCUAAAGCUGGGUCAGCAACUGGAGCUGUACCCAAGGGUGGAGCUGGAGCUGUACCCAGGUCCUGGAUUGGAGACAAGGGAAAGGAAAAGAAAAACAGCAAUGUUGAAGUAGAUCAAUUGGGGCUGGGAUUCCGCCCUGGGGAUGGGGCUGCAGCAGCUGCUGCAGCCUCCGCUAAUGGAGGACAGGCUUUCCUGGCAGAGGUCCCUGAUUCUGAGGAAGGGGAAUCUGGGUGGACUGACACAGAGUCAGAGUCAGACUCUGAGCCUGAGAACCAGCAAAGAGAAAGAGGGAGGAUAUUCAUUCCCAUGCAGAAGCGCCCCUUUCCUUAUGAUAUUGAUGAGAUUCUGGGUGUCCAUGAUCUCAGGAAAGUACUUGCUUUGCUUCAGAAAUCAGAUGAUCCUUUCAUCCAGCAGGUAGCUUUGCUCACUCUGAGCAACAAUGCCAGUUAUUCAUGCAACCAAGACACAAUUCGCAAAUUGGGAGGCCUCCCAAUUAUUGCAAACAUGAUCAACAAAUCCGAUCCCCACAUUAAGGAAAAAGCCUUAAUGGCCAUGAAUAACCUGAGUGGGAAUUAUGAAAAUCAGAGCCGGCUUCAGGUAUACAUGAAUAAAGUGAUGGAUGAUAUCAUGGCCUCAAACCUGAACUCAGCAGUACAGGUAGUUGGGCUAAAAUUUUUAACAAAUAUGACUACUACUAAUGACUACCAGCACCUGCUUGCCAAUUCGAUUGCAAACUUUUUUCGUUUGUUAUCUCAGGGAGGUGGAAAAAUCAAGGUUGAGAUUUUGAAAAUACUUUCAAAUUUUGCUGAAAAUCCAGAUAUGUUAAAAAAGCUGCUCAGUGCCCAAGUGCCAUCAUCAUUUAGUUCCCUUUAUAAUUCUUAUGUGGAAUCAGAAAUUCUUAUUAAUGCUCUUACUCUAUUUGAGAUCAUCUAUGACAAUCUCAGAGCUGAAGUAUUCAACUACAGAGAAUUCAAUAAAGGUUCUCUUUUUUUCUUAUGCACUGCAUCUGGAGUGUGUGUUAAGAAAAUUCGAGCCUUAGCAGAUCACCAUGACCUCUUGGUGAAAGUGAAAGUUACAAAACUAGUUGAAAAAUUCUGA